UCAGGUCACAUCAGCGCCAAUUACAUGAAGAUUCCUAAAUUCAAAGCUGCCGUGCGUGUGAAAUCCCCUGCUGCUGCAUAUGAAAUUGAGACCCUCGCCAAAAUCUCCUAAAAGCACUCUCUUACUCUCUUUUACGGCGGCCAGAGUCAGUGCACCACCGUGGCACCCCGUUUUGCCGACGAUGAUUUAGUCGCACCACCACCAACUAUUUCUGUAAGCCCCCUGAGUUAGUUUCGGCCAAAGAUAAGCAUCUGAGUUUGCUAUAGUAUCCGAAAGAACCGCACAGUUCAGUUAAUACAACGACUUCACGGUUGUCGUUGCUAAAAAGUAGUGUCUGUCACACAUGCUACCUUUGACACGGUUGUCCUAACAAAGGUGGCCAAUACUCAGAAGCAAAAGCUGUGCUGAAUUAGAACAAAUGGCGGCGGCUUUGGCGGGGGACGAUCUGGCUCGGUCGACGAGCCAGAGGAGCUGGGGGUCGGGGAGCAAGCGGAGCUGGGCGUCCACGAGUUUCCGGGAAGUGUGGCAGGCACCACCGGAUGUGUUCAACAGGAGCGGGCGGCAGGACGAGGAGGAGGAGCUGCGGUGGGCGGCGAUCGAACGGCUGCCGACGUAUGACAGGUUGAAAAGAGGGAUGCUGAGGCAGGUGCUGGAUAGCGGAAAGGUGGUGACUGAUGAGGUGGACGUGACGAGGUUGGGAAUGCAGGACAAGAAGCAGUUGAUGGAGAGUAUACUGAAGGUUGUGGAAGAUGAUAACGAAAAGUUUUUGAGAAGACUUAGAGACAGAACUGAUAGAGUGGGGAUUGAAAUUCCGAAGAUUGAAGUUCGAUAUGAGAAUUUGUCGAUCGAAGGAGAUGUGUAUGUUGGGAGCAGAGCACUGCCUACUCUGCUUAAUGCUACCUUAAACACUAUUGAGAGUGUUCUGGGAUUAAUUAAGCUUGCUCCAUCAAAAAAGAGAAAGAUCCAGAUACUUACAGAUGUCAGUGGAAUUGUCAGACCUUCCAGGAUGACCCUACUUUUGGGUCCUCCAGGUGCAGGCAAAACAACCUUGUUACUAGCACUUGCAGGAAAGCUUGAUGAUGAUCUAAGAAUUUCUGGGAAAAUCACAUAUUGUGGCCAUGAACUGAAUGAGUUUGUUCCUAAAAGAACAUGUGCUUACAUUAGUCAGCAUGAUCUUCACUAUGGGGAAAUGACAGUGAGAGAGACGUUGGAUUUCUCGGGACGAUGUUUGGGUGUCGGAACUAGAUACCAAAUGCUGGCUGAACUCUCAAGAAGAGAGAAAGAAGCCGGAAUCAAGCCUGACCCCGAGAUUGAUGCAUUCAUGAAAGCCACCUCAGUCUCAGGCCAGAAGACUAGUUUGGUCACAGAUUAUGUUCUCAAGAUACUUGGAUUGGACAUCUGUGCUGAUAUCAUGGUUGGUGAUGAUAUGAGAAGGGGUAUUUCCGGUGGCCAGAAAAAGCGCGUGACCACGGGGGAGAUGUUGGUAGGACCAGCAAAGGUUCUUCUGAUGGAUGAGAUAUCAACAGGGUUAGACAGUUCCACAACUUUUCAGAUAUGCAGAUACAUGCGGCAAUUGGUUCACAUAAUGGAUGUUACCAUGGUCAUCUCUCUUCUGCAGCCCGCGCCGGAGACAUUUGAGCUCUUCGAUGACCUAAUACUGCUUUCGGAAGGGCAGAUCGUGUACCAAGGUCCACGCGAGAGUGUCCUCGAGUUCUUUGAACAUGUGGGAUUCAAGUGCCCAGAGAGGAAAGGAGUUGCCGAUUUUUUGCAAGAGGUGACAUCCAAGAAGGACCAAGAACAAUAUUGGUUAAAAAAAAGCCAGCCCUACAGAUAUAUCUCGGUUCCUGAGUUCGUGGAGGCCUUCAGCUCUUUUCAGAGUGGCCAACAACUUGUAGCUGAUCUCAGGGUUCCUUACGACAAGUCCAGAGCUCAUCCGGCUGCAUUGGUCACAGAGAAGUAUGGCAUUUCAAACUGGGAAUUGUUCAAGGCAUGUUUUUCGAGGGAGUGGCUGCUAAUGAAGCGGAAUUCGUUCGUGUACAUAUUCAAGACCACACAGAUUACAAUCAUGUCUUUGAUUGCCUUCACUGUGUUCCUUAGAACAGAAAUGCCUGUGGGCACAGUACAAAAUGGAGGAAAAUUUUUCGGAGCGUUGUUCUUCAGUCUGAUUAAUGUGAUGUUUAAUGGUAUGGCGGAACUGGCAAUGACUGUUUUCAGACUUCCUGUUUUCUAUAAGCAGAGGGAUUUCUUGUUUUAUCCUGCGUGGGCUUUUGGAUUACCAAUUUGGGUCCUCAGGAUCCCACUUUCAUUCGUGGAAUCAGGGAUUUGGAUCAUUCUUACCUAUUACACCAUUGGAUUUGCUCCAUCUGCUAGCAGAUUUUUCAAACAGUUCUUGGCAUUCUUUGGCAUACAUCAGAUGGCUCUGUCCCUCUUUCGGUUCAUUGCUGCACUUGGAAGAACACAAGUUGUUGCUAACACGCUCGGUACCUUUACCUUGCUAAUGGUAUUUGUCCUGGGAGGAUUUAUUGUUGCCAAAAAUGACCUUGAGCCUUGGAUGCUAUGGGGCUACUACAUUUCUCCUAUGAUGUACGGACAGAAUGCGAUCGUCAUGAAUGAAUUCCUUGACAAAAGAUGGAGCGCGCCAAAUACAGAUCCAAGAAUUAACGCAACUACAGUCGGGAAAGUCCUUCUCAAGUCUAGAGGAUUCUUCACAGAUGAAUACUGGUUUUGGAUAUGUGUUGGAGCACUAUUUGGUUUUUCUCUUCUCUUCAACAUCUUGUUCGUUGCAGCAUUGACUUUUCUGAACCCUCUCGGGGAUUCGAAAGCUGUCAUAGCUGAUGACAAAAGUGAAGGAAAGAGAAGGAAGUCAUUAAGUGAAAUAAUGACAGUGAAAAGUUCUUCAGAAAUUGCUGGUGCUUCGGAUCAUACACCAAAGAAAGGAAUGGUUUUGCCCUUCCAACCCCUUUCGCUUGCGUUUAACCAUGUGAACUACUUUGUGGAUAUGCCCCAUGAAAUGAAGACUCAUGGAGUUGAAGAAGAUCGCCUUCAAUUACUACGAGAUGUCAGUGGUGCUUUUAGACCAGGAAUAUUGACAGCGCUUGUAGGUGUUAGUGGUGCUGGAAAGACAACUCUUAUGGACGUCCUGGCAGGUAGAAAGACUGGUGGAUAUAUCGAAGGAACCAUUAACAUAUCUGGUUAUCCAAAGAACCAAGAAACAUUUGCUCGUGUCAGCGGUUAUUGUGAACAGAAUGACAUCCAUUCCCCGCAUGUUACUGUCUAUGAAUCUCUCGUGUAUUCAGCCUGGCUCCGUCUUGCUUCUGAUGUCAAUACACAAACACGAAAGAUGUUUGUUGAAGAAGUCAUGGAUUUGGUUGAGCUUAAUCCAAUAAGAAAUUCUCUCGUUGGCCUCCCGGGACUAGAUGGUCUUUCAACAGAACAACGGAAGAGACUAACCAUAGCUGUGGAGCUGGUUGCUAACCCCUCUAUUAUUUUCAUGGAUGAACCGACAUCUGGUCUCGAUGCCAGAGCUGCUGCUAUUGUCAUGCGUACUGUGAGAAACACGGUGGACACAGGCAGAACUGUUGUCUGCACAAUUCACCAGCCAAGCAUAGAUAUUUUUGAAUCUUUCGACGAGUUACUCUUGAUGAAACGUGGAGGGCAAGUCAUUUAUGCUGGACCCCUCGGCCGCCACUCUCACAAGCUUGUAGAAUAUUUUGAAGCCAUCCCGGGUGUGCCCAAGAUCAAGGAUGGUUACAAUCCUGCUACAUGGAUGCUUGAGGUCACUGCUCCUGCAGUUGAGACUCAACUUGAUGUGGACUUUGCAGACGUUUACCAAAACUCCUCGCUUUACCAGAAGAACCAGGAGCUUAUCAAAGAGCUUAGUACACCAGCUCCCGGGUCCAAAGAUCUCUACUUUCCAACCAAAUUCUCUCAACCUUUCCCGGUUCAGUGCAAAGCUUGUUUCUGGAAAAUGCAUUGGUCUUAUUGGAGAAAUCCUCAGUACAAUGCCAUCCGAUUCUUUAUGACCAUUGUCAUCGGUGUCUUAUUCGGUCUUAUCUUCUGGCAGAAGGGACAGCAGACAGCACAACAGCAAGAUCUGAUGAACCUUUUGGGAGCUAUGUAUGCUGCUGUGCUUUUUCUUGGAGCCACGAAUGCUUCUGCGGUCCAAUCUGUUGUUGCCAUUGAAAGAACAGUUUUCUACCGUGAAAGAGCUGCCGGAAUGUAUUCUGAACUGCCUUAUGCAUUUGCUCAGGUGGCUAUAGAGACAAUCUAUGUUGCAAUCCAAACAUUUAUAUAUACACUUCUUCUCUACUCCAUGAUUGGAUUCGAGUGGAAAGUCGAAAAAUUCCUUUGGUUCUACUACUAUAUCCUAAUGUGCUUCAUCUACUUCACGAUGUACGGUAUGAUGGUGGUUGCACUGACUCCGGGCCACCAGAUUGCUGCCAUUGUCAUGUCCUUCUUCCUCAGUUUCUGGAACUUGUUUUCCGGAUUCCUCAUUCCAAGACCGCAAAUACCAAUAUGGUGGAGGUGGUACUACUGGGCUUCCCCUGUGGCCUGGACACUUUAUGGCCUUGUAACAUCCCAAGUGGGUGACAAGAAUGCUGACCUUAUCCUGCCUGGAUAUGGCACCAUGCCAUUGAAGAAGUUCCUCAAAGAUGACCUUGGUUUUGAGUAUGACUUCCUUCCGGCCGUCGCCGCCGCACACGUCGGCUGGGCUUCUUUUCUUCUUUGUGUUUGCCUAUGGCAUCAAGUUCCUCAACUUCCAAAGGAGAUAGAGAAAGAACCAACUUUCAAUACUACUGCAUCAUAUUAGAAAGUCUUGGGGAGAGUAUUAGUUUUUGUAAUUUGUGUUAGUUUUCUAGUUUCUGGUGGAGGAGUGUUUAAUUAGGGUUUAUCCAAAAAUGCAAUUUCUGAACGAGUUGGAAUGUCAUGAUUAUUGUGAGUGGUGUGAUAUGAACGUUCCGUAGACAAGUUUCAUUUUUAGUAAACGAUUAGAUUUUACGUGCA